AUGGACCCCGCCAUCUACAAAUGGUCUUCAACUCCAUCAUCAAAGAAUAGUCAUACACCAAGUCAGUAUGUCAUCAAUCUCAACCUCAACCUCCAAAAUACCAUUUUCAUAAUUUUGGUUCCAACUGAGUAAAAGUUAGGAGAGCCAAAAACCAUUACAGAACCUUUCAAGCCUUUUAUCAAAUAUAGAAAUCGCUGAUUUCACAAACACUUUUUUGUGAGAUUCUUUAUGUCACAGAAAGUUGAGAGACAAACAAAUUGGUUCAAAAAUAAACAGGCCUAUGAUCAUUGGGCUUUUCAGUUAACUUCGUACCAAUCCGAAAAUGCGUGAGAUUCUUCAUAUUCAAGGAGGGCAAUGUGGGAACCAAAUCGGUUCAAAGUUUUGGGAAGUUGUAUGUGAUGAACAUGGGAUUGAUCAAAGUGGGCAAUACAUAGGAAACUCAGAACUACAGCUUGAGAGAGUGAAUGUUUAUUUCAAUGAGGCUAGUGGUGGAAGGUACGUGCCAAGGGCUGUGCUUAUGGACCUUGAACCAGGCACCAUGGACAGCAUUAGGAGUGGCCCUUAUGGCCUGAUUUUUAGGCCUGAUAACUUCGUUUUCGGCCAGUCCGGGGCUGGAAACAAUUGGGCUAAGGGCCAUUACACCGAAGGCGCCGAGCUUAUUGAUUCGGUUCUUGAUGUUGUGAGGAAGGAAGCUGAGAAUUGUGAUUGCUUGCAAGGAUUUCAGGUUUGUCAUUCACUAGGAGGUGGAACAGGAUCUGGAAUGGGAACUCUGCUCAUUUCAAAGAUUAGAGAAGAAUACCCGGAUAGAAUGAUGCUCACGUUCUCUGUCUUUCCAUCUCCUAAAGUGUCAGACACUGUUGUGGAGCCAUACAAUGCCACACUUUCUGUACAUCAGCUUGUAGAGAAUGCUGAUGAAUGUAUGGUUCUUGACAAUGAAGCACUCUAUGAUAUCUGCCUUCGGACUCUUAAACUCACAACCCCAAACUUCGGGGACUUGAAUCAUCUAAUUUCAGGAACCAUGAGUGGAGUGACUUGUUGUUUGCGAUUCCCGGGUCAAUUGAACUCAGACCUCCGGAAGUUAGCGGUGAACUUGAUCCCAUUCCCACGUCUGCACUUCUUCAUGGUUGGUUUUGCGCCUCUGACCUCUCGAGGAUCACAGCAGUACCAGUCGCUUACUGUCCCCGAACUGACACAGCAAAUGUGGGACGCCAAGAAUAUGAUGUGCGCAGCUGAUCCAAGACAUGGCCGAUACCUCACAGCAUCAGCCUUGUUCAGAGGCAAAAUGAGCACCAGAGAAGUUGAUGAACAGGUGUUGAAUGUGCAGAACAAAAACUCUUCCUACUUCGUCGAAUGGAUUCCCAACAAUGUGAAGUCUAGUGUUUGUGACAUCCCACCAAGAGGGCUUGCCAUGGCUUCAACUUUCAUUGGGAAUUCAACCUCUAUACAGGAGAUGUUCAGUCGAGUGAGUGAGCAGUUCACAGCCAUGUUUAGGAGGAAGGCUUUCUUGCAUUGGUACACUGGAGAAGGAAUGGAUGAGAUGGAAUUCACCGAAGCAGAGAGUAAUAUGAAUGAUCUUGUCGCAGAGUAUCAGCAGUACCAGGAUGCAACAAUUGAUGAGGAUGAUGAAUACGAAGUUGAUGAUGAUGUGGGCACUGAGAACUGAAGUUGUUCACCCAAGUUGCUGUUUGGGAUGAUACAAGUAGUACUUAUCAAUAAGUUUAUGUCUUCUAGUCCAUUUGUAUGCACUGUUUUGGCCCCCCUAGUGAUUUUUGUUUUUCUAUGUACUUUAUAAGCCCCUCCUAUCAAAUUGCCUUUCUCUGGCUGUAUAUCUAAUGUGAUGUAUAUGAACCAAGUCUUUGCUACUUGGUAUUAGUCC